GGGGAGGGCGCGUACGGCGCGCGACUGGCGCGGCGCUUCCUGGACGCGCGCGAGCUGGAGAGGGACGCGCGCGCCCUCAUGAACCUCCACAACAACCGCGUCGGCAGGAAGGUGAGCCAGAUAGUGAAGGAGCUGGUCCGGCGCGAGUGCAAGUGUCACGGCGUGUCGGGGUCGUGUGCGGUGCGCACGUGUUGGCGCGCGCUGCCGCAGUUCCGCGCGGCGGCGGGCGCGCUGCGCGACCGGUACGACCGCGCCAAGCUCGUCGCGCUGCACGCGCUGCGCCGCGACACGCAACAACCGCCGCAUCACGCGCAUCUCGUGCUCGUGCGGAGACAGAAGCAGAACCCGGGCGUAGUGCGGGUGCCGCGCAAGUCGGACCUGGUGUUCCUGGAGCCGUCGCCCUCGUACUGCGAGCGAGACGACGCCGUCGGCUCCUUCGGGACGCACUUGCGGGUCUGCAACAGAACCUCCAGAGGGCCGGACGGGUGCGAGUCCCUGUGUUGCGGGCGCGGGUACAGCACGGUGCGGCGCGUGCAGGCCAGCAAGUGCCGCUGCCGCUUCCACUGGUGCUGCCGCGUCUCCUGCGAUACCUGCGUCGCCACCACGCACACACACCUCUGCAACUGAACGCCACAUUCUCAACACUUGUGAUAACAUCAUAAUAAAUAUCCUUUAAUACCACGUAGUUGUGCAAAAAUAAACCAACCCUUAAAGUGACACUUUAUUUUGAGAUAUUUGCG